AUGUUCGUUCCAGAUAAUAUUUAAUAAAACGAAUCAAUUAAAAUAUUGGAAAAUUAAUUAGGUGGAAUAACCAAAUUAUAAAAUGAUUUAAAGACCGACAUAAAAAAAGGAAUAAGCACACGAAAUCAAUAAGAAUUAAACUAAAGAAUAAAGUAUUUUGGCAAAAAUGAAUAUCUAAGAAGGCCUCCAAAAAAAAUGAUUGAAUUAAUAAUUGAAUGUUUUGAAGAUUUAAUGUUAUAAAUACUUGUAGGUGCCAGUAUAGUAAGUACAAUAGUAGGAAUCAUAGAUGAAGGUAUCGUAAAAGGAUGGAUAGAAGGAUUCACAAUAAUUUUAGCAAUAUGUAUUAUUGUAUCUAUAAGUGCAGGAAAUAAUUAUAUGAAAGAAUUGCAAUUCUAGAAAUUAACAGAAAAAAAAGAUGAUAUAAAAGUUCAUGUGAGAAGAAAUGAAUAAACAAUUUAUUUAAAUCCAAAUAAAAUUCUUGUUGGCGAUAUUUUAAAUUUAGAAAUCGGAGAUAUUUUACCUGUAGAUGGUAUUUUUGUGGAAGGAAAUGAAUUAUAAAUUGACGAAUCUUCUAUAACAGGAGAAUCUGAUUUGAUUACGAAAAAUUAAAUUGAUAAAAACCAGAAAUCUUAAAAUAUAAAUCCCUUUCUUAUAAGUGGUUCUAAAAUUAUGGAUGGUUAAGGAAAAAUGCUUGUUUGUGCUGUCGGAGUUAAUACUUAAUUAGGAAAACUUAAAGAAAAAUUAGAAGAAUAAUAGCCACCUACUCCUUUAUAAUAAAAAUUAGAAACUAUAGCUGAAUAAAUAGGAAAAGUAGGUACAGGAGUAGCUAUAUUAACAAUGAGUGCUUUGCUAAUAAAUUUAAUAAUAGAUAUGAUAAGGGGUAUACAUUGUAUUGGAUGUGUAAAAACAUUAUAAGAUAUUUUAAAAAUAUUCAUGAUUGGAGUUACUAUUGUAGUUGUAGCAGUUCCUGAAGGGCUUCCUUUAGCUGUUACAAUUGCAUUGGCUUUUUCUGUAAAUAAAAUGAAAGACGAGAAAAAUUUGGUCAAAUAAUUAGCUAGUUGUGAGAUUAUGGGGAACGCUAAUAAUAUUUGUAGUGAUAAAACAGGAACUCUUACUUAAAAUUUAAUGAAGGUGCAUCAUAUGUAUAUUAAUGAUAAGCAUUAUGGAAGUUAAUAUUUUGAAUAUAAAUAUUUUCCUAAAAAUAUAAUUGAGAUUUUUGUAUAGAGUGUGUGUGUAAAUUCUACUGCUAAUCCUCAAAAAAAUUAGUAUGAUAAUAAAUUAACUUAAAUUGGAAAUAAAACUGAAUGUGCAUUGCUUUAGAUUGUAUAAGAUUUUGGAUUUGAUUAUUAAAUUGAAAGAUAAAGGGAAAUUAUUUUAAAAGUUUUACCUUUUUCUUCUUAAAGAAAAUAAAUGAUUACUAUAAUUAAAGUAAAUGAAAAUCUUGCUAGAGUAUAUGUUAAAGGGGCUUGUGAGCAAAUUCUCGAAAAAUGUUCAUUUAUUUUAUUACAAAAUGGGGUUACAUAAAUAUCAUAAAAUAAAAAAGAAAUCAUUAAUAACGAGAUUAUUAUUUAAUAUGCUGAAAAGUCUUUAAGGACUAUUACUUUAGCAUAUAAAGAUAUACCUUUUAAUUAAAACAUUAAUUAAUUAAAUGAAAACGAACUCACUUAGGAUCUCAUUCUUAUUUCUAUUGCAGGUAUAAAAGACCCUUUAAGACCCGAAAUUCGAGAUAGUAUAAAAAAAUGUAAAAAUGCAGGUAUUAUAGUAAGAAUGUGUACAGGAGAUAAUUUGAAUACAGCUAUUGCUAUAGCCUAAGAUGCAGGAAUAUUAGAAGAUAAAAUAAUAAAAGAAAAAAGUGAAAUCAGUUUAUAAAAAUAAUCAAAAUAACUAGGCUUUGAAGUACUUGAAGGUAAAAAAUUUCGAGAGUUAGUCGGAGGCCUAGUAUACGAAAAUCCUCAAGGAAAAUCGAUUUAAGAAAAGGGAGAACCAAAAGUUAGAAACUUAGACGCAUUCAAAGCUAUUGCAAAAGAGCUUCGAGUACUUGCCCGUAGUUCUCCUGAUGAUAAAUAUAUACUUGUAACGGGUUUGAUUGAGUUAGGAAAUAUAGUCGCUGUGACAGGAGAUGGUACAAACGAUGCUCCGGCGUUAAAAAAAGCUAAUGUUGGAUUUGCAAUGGGAAUAGCAGGAACAGAAGUAUCUAAAGAUGCUGCUGAUAUAAUUUUGUUGGACGAUAAUUUCGCUUCUAUUGUCACUGCAUGUAAAUUUGGGAGGAAUAUUUAUGAUUCGAUUAGGAAGUUUAUUUAAUUCUAGCUAACAGUGAAUAUUGUGGCUUUAUUUAUGUCGUUUAUGGGAGCUGUAGUAUUGAAAAAGAGUCCUUUGAAUUCAAUAUAAAUGCUUUGGGUGAAUAUUAUUAUGGACACAUUUGCUUCUUUGGCUCUUUCAACUGAUCCACCAUGUGAUUCUUUACUUAAUAGAAAACCUUAUGGAAUAAAUGAUAAGAUUGUGACUGGAAACAUGUGGAGGAAUAUAAUUGGCUAGAGCAUAUAUUAGAUAAUAAUACUUAGUGUAGUGUUAUUUAAGUUCCCUGAAUGGUUAGGAAUUCCGAAUUCUUUUUAAAUGAAAUUUUAUGUGGAAAGUUAGGCUGUACAUUUUUCGAUUUUCUUUUAAUGCUUUGUUAUGCUUUAAGUGUUUAAUGAAUUUAAUGCGAGAAAAUUAUUAAAAUAGGAAAUCAAUAUUUUUGAUAAAUUACUAAAUAAUUAUAUUUUCUGGGUUAUUAUUGGAAUUACAUUUUUUGUAUAAAUUAUGCUCGUGUAAACCGGAGGAAGAUACGUUGGAGUGUCUAGUAUUUCUUUAGGAUAACAUUUUGUUUGCAUUUUUAUUGGAUGUGGAUCGCUUUUGGUAGGUGUAAUUAUCAAAAUUAUACCAAAUCAUGUUUUUGAAAGAAUUAAUUUACUAAGGGAAGAUGAGAUGGAUGUGAAAGAUAUGGAUUAGUCUUUUUCAUCAUUACUAAGGAAAAAAAGCUCAAACAGAAUGAAAACUAUUGCUAUUUGA